GUUAAAUUUGUUCAUGGAAGGAUCCAACACACCCCAGAAUCAACAAAAGAUGAGUUGCGGGAGAGCCCACUUGGGAGUGUCUGUAAUGAAAAGGACUUAUUUGGACCUUCCCCCUUCAGCAGUGAUGAACUAUGGUGAACUGAACGUUCUGGAUGACAUUUUGACUGAUGCUCCUGACCAAGAUGAUGAGUUGUAUAACCCUGACAGCGAGCAAGAUAAAAGCGAGAAGAAGGGAUCAAAAAGAAAAACUGACAGGAUGGAAAACACUGAAAGCAAGAGACAAAAACCUUCUGUGCAUUCGUCGAGGCAGAUGAUGCCAAAGCCUCCUAGCUCAUCAGUUAGCAAUAACAAGAGAAUAGUGAGUACAAAAGGAAAACCGGUGUCAGAAUACAAGAAUGAGGAGUAUCAGAGGUCUGAUAGAAACAAGCGCCCAGAUGGUGAUCGAAAGAUACGUAUGUCGAGCAGUUCCAGGGAACCUUAUAAAGGACAACCAGAAAAAACUUGCAUGAGGAAGAGGGAUAUUGACAGAAGGGCAAAAUCUUCUACACCAGAUGGUUCAGAGAGAAUCAGGCAUGAUGUGGAUAGAAGACCAAGCAGAUCCAGCCAUUCUUCUAAAGAAGAGGUGAACUCUGAGGAAUAUUGUUCAGAUCAUGAGACUGGCAGUAGUGGUUCUUCUGAACAAGGCAAUACAGAGAACGAGGAGGAAGGAAUGGAAGAAGAGGAAGAUGAUGAAGGGGAGGAGGAUGAAGAGGUAGAAGAAGAUGGGGAGGAGGAUGAAGAAGAGUAUGAACAGGAUGAGAGAGAUCAGAAGGAAGGAAAUGACUAUGACACACGAAGUGAAGCCAGCGAUUCUGAUUCUGAAUCUGCCUCUUUCACAGAUGGGUCAGUCAGAUCUGGGUCUGGUUCAGAUGCAUCAGAUGAGAAAAAGAAGGAGAGGAAGAGAGCUAGAGGUAUCUCUCCGAUUGUUUUUGACAGAAGUGGAAGUUCUGCAUCAGAAUCGUAUGCAGGUUCAGAAAAGAAGCAUGAGAAAUUAUCAUCUUCCGUUCGUGCUGUCCAAAAAGACCAAACAAGUAAACUUAAAUACAUUCUCCAAGAUGCAAGAUUCUUUCUCAUCAAGAGUAAUAACCAUGAAAAUGUAUCACUUGCUAAAGCAAAGGGAGUGUGGUCGACACUUCCAGUGAAUGAAAAGAAGCUUAAUGCUGCAUUUAGAUCAGCGAGGAGUGUUAUUUUGAUAUUUUCUGUAAGAGAGAGUGGCAAAUUCCAAGGAUUUGCAAGACUGUCUUCAGAGUCCCAUCAUGGAGGAUCACCUAUACACUGGGUGCUGCCUGCAGGAAUGAAUGCAAAAAUGUUGGGAGGUGUCUUUAAAAUUGACUGGAUUUGCAGGCGUGAAUUGCCGUUCACUAAGUCUGCUCACCUGACCAAUCCUUGGAACGAACAUAAGCCAGUAAAGAUUGGACGCGAUGGACAGGAAAUUGAGCCGGAAUGUGGAACCCAACUUUGUCUUCUCUUCCCUCCUGAUGAAAGUAUUGACUUGUAUCAAGUCAUUCAUAAAAUGAGGCACAAGAGAAGAAUGCACUCACAACCCCGAUCAAGAGGACGCCCAUCCCGUCGAGACCCCGUUCGGGACGUGGGAAGGCGUCGACCAGAAGAUUAUGAUAUUCAUAACAGCAGAAAGAAACCAAGGAUUGACUAUCCCCCUGAGUUUCACCAAAGACCAGGGUAUAUAAAGGAUCCCAGAUAUCCCGAAGUAGACAGACGAUUUUCAGGAGUUCGACGAGAUGUAUUUUUAAAUGGGUCCUACAAUGAUUACGUGAGGGAAUUCCACAACAUGGGACCACCACCACCAUGGCAAGGAAUGCCACCGUAUCCGGGUAUGGAGCAGCCGCCACACCACCCUUACUAUCAGCACCAUGCACCUCCACCUCAAGCUCACCCUCCAUACUCGGGACAUCAUCCUGUACCACAUGAAGCACGAUACAGAGACAAACGAGUACACGACUAUGACAUGAGAGUAGACGACUUUCUUCGCCGCACACAAGCAGUUGUCAGCGGUCGGAGAAGCAGGCCUCGGGAGAGGGACCGAGAGCGAGAACGGGACCGUCCUAGAGAUAAUAGAAGAGACAGAGAACGUGACAGAGGCCGUGAUCGGGAAAGGGAGAGAGAAAGGAUUUGUGACCGGGACAGAGACAGAGGUGAAAGAGUUUCACAUGGUUCAGUGGGAGAAUGCUGCUAUCAAGUAUGCAAAUAUUGAAGUAAUGAUUUUUUUUUUUUUUUUACUGUAUGGCAGUGUUGUAGCAGCCUUCUUUUCUCUCCCUCCCCACCCCCUUUUUUAACCCUAUCUGUAAAGUCAAGUGUUUUUUCAGUCUUCAGUAAUGAAAGCAAUAUUAAGAAGACACUAUUGUUAUCUGAUUUUUAACCCUUUUUUAAAAAUCUUCCCGUGUUCAGUAACAUUUUGGUCAAUUCUCUUGUCUAGUCUCCUUCCAAAAUGUACACAUUGCUUGGAAUGUUCACAACCUGCGUGUGUGGAACCAGAAAACAUUGCUGUAUUCUACAUUGCUACAAUUUUUUUUUAUAAAAAUAAAUUGUUAACUAUUGAAA